UGGAAUGUGUGGCUGUCAAAGAUUUGGUCAGGUACAACAACAACCGACAACGCCGUAUAGAUAAAUGUGUGCUUCGAAUGUUUGGCUGAAGUCGGUGCGUGGCUGCUGUACGAUGCUGUGUGCAUUUUUCUGCGUAGCAGCGACUCAAGGAAAGAAGCCGACACAAAAAUCGUUGUGAUACUUUUUUUUAACCGAAAAUUGAAUCGAAGGAUUAUUGGUAUAGCUAUUGGUGGCCUGUUAUAAUUCACUCUUUUCUUGCGGCUUGUGAAGGAACUAGCUAAUGCAGAAAAGAAAAUAGGAUAGUUUGCUUUUGAGGACCUGUCACUGUGUAUGUGUGUGUGUGUCUUGAUUGUCAGCAGCUUUGUUGGUCAAACCAGAAGGUGUUAGCGAAAAUACGAAAUGCCAAAAAGUAUAGAUGUUCGACAGCUCGCAACGAAACUAUAAAAAAAUAACACAUUAUGCAUUAAAAUAUAUUUCUCAUAGUAACAAAUUCUCGUGUGCGUUUUCCAUGUGUUCUUAUCUAGAAAUUUAGCUGGUCAACGCGUAGUGACUCAUAGGUACAUUGAAAUAUAUGAAAAAUAACAAUGGAAAGCUGGUGCAAGUAUUACGAAAUACAAUAACAUGAAUUUUUUCGGAUGCUGUCUCUCAAUGCAUUGUGCCGAUGAUGCUGGGAAUAUUCAUGCGACUAAACCUUUCACAAGAGUAUUUCCCCGAUGGACGCUUUGUUCAUGUGCCGUUAAACGAGGUAUAGUCUUUAUAUGCCGAUUUGACAGAGGGAUCUGCCCGAUAGUCUCCACAAUUAUAUAGCGCUAGGGCUGUGACUAUAACAACCAUUGAGUGUUAUGGCGUCCACUGGAGGACAAUGUAAUUUUUGUACCCUCUUAUCGUACAGAGACAAACUGAAUAAUGACAACAUUAUGAACUACGCACGGCUCAAUGUUUAAAAAAUAAAUGAACAUAGGUGUGGGGUAAUACACUCUACAAAACAGGUCCAUAUUUACCAUUAUGAGAUAUUUUUUCUUUUUGAGGCUAGUUAACGCUCAGAAUACCAGCUUCUAUUAACUCAUACAUAAUUCUUUGGUCGGUAGAUCUAAUAUGCUUCCUGUUUAUAAAAUGAGCGAAAUUAAGAUUAUAGGGGUAAGGUGACAGAAAGAAGCGAUUUCAUUCAUUCGUCUCAAUCCGCCAGGUGGGGUGUAACGAAAAUAGGAGAUGAAAUUGAGAAGCGAUCCCUCAUCUCUGCAGUAAUCGUAAACUCGGAUCAUAACAUAUCUACAUACACUAAAUGUUACGUGUGUCCUGUAUUGUCGUAUGCAUUUAAGUUAUUAGCCGAAUAUGCCACUAGUUGAUCAUUAGUCAAAACUAUCGAUGCUUAAUAAUGGAUUACGUAUGCCUCUUCAAGUAUCUUCACAUAUUCGUUGCUCCAGGAACCAAACAAAAUAUGACACAUUCAAUCGAUACAUAAUGAAAUCAGCAAAUUAAUCGGGCUCGUCCAUCAUAAUUGAUGAGAAUGAUUCAUCCAUCCAUCUGAACGACACUUGAUCACAACGCAGGUUACAGUUUUGUGACAUAAACAGUUAUAAUUCUGAGUAUGGCUUAUUGCGCAGUUGCCGGAGGUGAACUUCGUUCACUUUCCAGUCAUCAGUUAAACUAAACAAUAAAGAUUACUGCGGCGACUGGCGCCACAUCAUCCUAAGCUUACCUAUCCAGCUGGCGUCGUCGCUUACUGCGUUUAGCUUAUGUUGCCUUUUGCCUGUCUACCUAUUCCCACUGCGUGUUUGCCUUCAUUGAUUUUCUUGUAGAUUUCUCAUAGUUUAGACCACAGUUUUCAACUGGAGUACCGUGAAGUACGGAUUCUUUAGGUAACUUUCGUACGGUUCGACUAUAGCUGCCGGUAUCUGUGGCGAAGAGCAGUCCAUCGUGCCGACUCGUGAAGGGCUUUGCUUGUUCUGCUAGAAAUGGCUGCCUCAAUCAAACCCCUGUCAGGUGGCCAAUUUAUGUCCCCCGAAAAGCCUCAAUUGCUGUGCCGUCUCGACGGACACACAGACACCGUCAAUCAGGUUGUCUUAAUUGGAGAUGCCGAUGAUCUCGCAGUAAUCUCAGUUUCGGACGACCGCACGAUUCGAGUAUGGGCAAGACGUGACACAGGACAGUACUGGCCGUCGGUAUGUCACACGAUGCCGAGUUUGGCCUCGGCUAUGGACUACGACCCACAGUUGCGAAGGCUCUUCGUUGCGAUGGACAAUGGAAGUAUAACCGAGUUCGAGCUCGCAGACGACCUCAAUAAAAUCACAUACCGAAGGAGCUAUAUUGCGCACCAGCAGCGUGUAACCUCGAUGAAGUUUUCCCCAGUAACGGAAUGGCUAAUUUCGGCUGGGAAAGAUAAAUACUUUCAAUGGCACUGUACAGAAACAGGACGCCGAUUGGGUGCUUUUUUGGGAUCGGCAUGGUGCACAACAGUCGCGUUGGACCAAGCAUCGCGGCAUGCCUUUGUAGGUGACUAUUCGGGAGAAAUCACGAUGCUCAAAUUGACCGAAACCAGUUAUCAGCCAGUUACAACACUCAAAGGACAUUCAGGCUCGGUUCAAUCGUUGUUGUGGGAUGAGCGUCGAAGAUUACUCAUUUCAGGCGGCUUUGAUCAGAUUAUCAUUGUGUGGGACAUCGGUGGUGGUAAAGGGACGGCCUACGAGCUCAGUGGCCAUCGUGCUCGCAUCACCGGAUUGGCGCUAUAUAGUGCCUCGUCACUGCUUUCAGUGUCUGAGGACUCGACGUUAGUCGUUUGGGAUGUAGCCGCCCAGCGACAGGAAACGCCUGAGUGGACCACGCGGGACUGCUGUGAACGUUGCGCUAGGCCUUUCUUUUGGAACGUACGCGGAAUGUUCGACCAGAAGCAGGUCGGAAGUCGUCAGCAUCACUGUCGACGGUGCGGAAGGGCGUUGUGUGACGCGUGCUCCGAAAAUCGCUCGACACUUCCCCGGCUUGGCUUCGAAUUUCCCGUACGCAUCUGCAACGAGUGUCAUCUGCAUAUCUCAGACGGAGAUCGGGAGCCAUUGGCGAAGUUCCACGACCUCAAGGCUCCUGUCACAGCAAUGUCGCUGUCAGCCGAGUCAAAGACAAUGGUUACCAUUGGCACUGAUCGAAGCAUCAAGAUUUGGGACCUGUCCAAGGUGCUUUAGAAUCGGAUUGGCUAAUUAGCUAAAAAUUACUCGGUAGUUGAAAUAGCCAAGAUAUUACUAAUAAAACAAAACAAUUGAGAAGCUGAAAGUUAAUAUUCAUCGUAAGAAAGAAUACAUAGUUAUAUUUAAGAAUAGAGAAGAGAUUAGUUAUGACCAAAAGUAGUGGACACCUUAAAAAAUUGGGAUUAAACGAAACAGGCAAUGAAAACAAGCUGAGUAUAUAUAAUAUAUAAAUAUACUCAGAGGGUAUACAUAGAUACACAUACAUCAGAUUAUAUUAAUAUGCGUUACCUAUAUAUGUACUGCAUAAAGAAUGCAGAUCUUUGAUGUCGAAUACACGAAUAAUAUAUUCAUAUGGUAAAUGUGUAAUGAUCCGCCUUGUGCUUAAUUAGAUGUGUCUCACAUAGUUGGCAAACGGGAAAGAAAAGAAGAAAAAAUGGUGCCAAUAUUGACACAAACUAAACGAGCACUAAACCAGCAGCUUCUUGAGUCGGCCCGCUAUUUUCAAUGUUUUUUUUUGCCUAUGAUUUUAGCGGUGUACGAUGCAAGCCCUUUCUUCUGUUUUCGUUUUCACCAUCGAUCCUACAUACUGCAGCAGUAUUUGAGAACCCUUUUGUUAACAAUAAACGCCAAUAGGAAGCUAUAACGUAAGCGAUUAAUUUAUCGCAACAAUUGUAUUAUUGUUGCAUAUAAUAUAAUAUAUGUCAGUAUGUAUUAUGUAUGAGCGAAUGCCGUAGUUUCGUAUAUAAAGUGAGUGACUGGGUAACUUUGCUGUAUAAUUUGGGGCGCGUCUUGAUGCUAGCAUUCGAUGUAUGCCAUUACCUGAAUAACUGCACGAAUACAUGCUAACAAGGAGAAAACUAAGUCUAUAUAGAGAUUUCAACAAUAACAAAAACAAACGCUGAAAGAAAACUGUCAGAAACACAUAUUUGGCUUUUGCAAAUGAUUUCUGCUUAGGAAAACUGGACUGCUGUGGGCAAUACAAUUGGCAACCUUUGUAUUCCGUCAGUUGUAGUUUACUUGUUAUUUUGCUAAAUUUAUUCUAUAAAAUGAUCGAUAGGUAUUAGUAUACAACAUCUUUUGCGUGCACGCAUGUGAUAACGGGAACAAUAAUAUUCUACAUAAACUUUUUACAGUGACACAUUUUUUCGUUAUAUCGGUUUUGUGUUUGUAUUCAAGAUGGAAAUCAUAAUUUAUAUUGGAUUACAUUCUCUGUUACCAACUCGAGUUUCCAUUUUAAAACUUUUUGAGGAUAGUUUGGCUUUUUUUUUCAAUAAAGUGGCCUCUU